GGAGAGGAUGCCAUUUUAGUCGGUUCGGGAACGCGCAAUGGACUCGGCUAUCUAGAGAGAACGAUGGUCGAUGCUUUCGAUAUUUCAGUUGUGGUUAAAUUAAUUUAUCGUCGAAAAUGUAAUAUCAAUUAUUUGAAUUGACUAUGUUUUGAUAAACAGGAUAAAGUCUAUGUUGUCCGCGUUUAGUUGCACGUGUAUAUACUGAAUGGGGUUUUGUUCAAGCGACAUCACGCUGACAUAAAAACGAAGAUGUCUUCUAAGAGUGAAUUAAAGAAGUUGUCUGAGGAGAGCUUGACAAGACAACCUGAAGAAGUAUUUGAUAUUAUAUGCAAACUUGGCGAAGGAUCCUAUGGAUCCGUGUACAAGGCAUUACAUAAGGAGAGUGGACAGGUACUCGCUAUUAAGCAGGUACCUGUGGACACUGAUUUGCAAGAAAUCAUCAAGGAAAUCUCGAUUAUGCAGCAGUGCGAUUCUCCAUACGUUGUCAAGUAUUACGGAAGCUAUUUCAAAAAUACUGAUUUAUGGAUCGUGAUGGAAUACUGUGGGGCUGGAUCCGUGAGUGACAUUAUGAGGUUAAGAAAAAAGACACUGCAGGAAGAUGAAAUAGCUACGAUCCUAAGUGACACCCUUAAAGGCCUAGAAUAUCUCCAUCUCAGACGAAAAAUUCACAGGGAUAUUAAGGCUGGCAAUAUAUUGCUCAAUAACGAAGGUCAUGCUAAGUUGGCAGACUUUGGAGUAGCAGGACAAUUAACAGAUACCAUGGCCAAGCGCAAUACUGUAAUCGGUACCCCAUUCUGGAUGGCACCGGAAGUUAUCCAAGAAAUUGGAUACGAUUGUGUCGCAGAUAUUUGGUCACUGGGUAUAACUGCCUUGGAAAUGGCAGAAGGAAAACCUCCAUACGGCGAUAUCCAUCCUAUGAGAGCUAUUUUCAUGAUACCCACUAAACCACCACCUAGCUUUAGGGAACCUGAUCAAUGGAGUCCAGAAUUCAUUGACUUUGUCAGCGGAUGCCUUGUUAAAAAUCCGGAAGAACGAGCGACAGCAACUGAGCUCUUGAGUCAUGAGUUCAUAGGUGGUAAUGCCAAGCAACCAAGUAUUCUCAGUCAAAUGAUUGCCGAAGCACAUGAGAUUCGUGAGAAGCAAAGUGCCCACCGGGCGCACGUAAUCAAUAACGUGGCAAUCAAGGGACAAAAUCAUGCUGAUGAUUCAGACGAAGAGGAUUGCAGUGGAACCAUGAAACCUCUACCGGAAGACACUGGUACUCUGGUUCCUAGUCAUGACCUUCCGGAUACCGGAACUCUUGUUUCAGCCAUGUUGGAUCUUGGUACUAUGGUUAUAAACAGUGAUACCGAUACCGAAGCGACAAUGAAAAGGCACAACACUGGAUCGGUAGAAUCUGGGAAAAAAUAUCGACCAUUGUUCUUGGAUCACUUCGACAAGAAGGAAGCAACCGAAAUCGGAAAGGGAAAUGGACAGAUUUUGAGUGGACUCAAUCCGGAAGCCGAGAACAAAUUAGAAAUCCAGAGUCCAACAGAAUCUCAAAGGUUUCAGAGCCAUCUACAACUACAACUCAAUCAGAUCUCACAGCCGGUACAGGAACAACCGCACAACAACAUAUCCAAGUUUCAAAAUGCCUUCACGGAACGCGAUUUUGAUUUUAUAAACAACCAUGUCCUCCAGCUGAAGUUCCUCUCGUACGAGGAACUGCAGCAACGCAUGGCCAGUCUGGAUGCAGAAAUGGAACGUGAAAUAGACGAACUCAGGAGAAGGUAUCAAACGAAGAGACAGCCAAUUCUCGAUGCCAUGGAUACCAAGCGUAAGCGCCAGCAGAACUUCUAACGGUUUGAUAUAUAUAACGGAACGUAGAAACGCUUAGAGGUUUAACAAAAAAAAAUAUAAGAGAUCGCAAUUCGACGAUUGCAUUGGAAACACGGAGAGGAACGAGAGCCAGGUUUUUACACGAAUAUAUUUUUCCAAAUUACUAUUUACAAAUUAAUCACAAAAAGGACCUAGUAACCAGUCGACACUUUUUUCGUCAGCAGCUCGUUAGGGGAUGGAGUGUCCACGUCACUGCGCGACGCUGACCUGAAUAAAAUCAAGCACGAGGAACUUGCAACACGAUAGACUUUCUCGUAAGAGCAAUCUCAAGAAUCACCCCUCCAAGGACAAAAUUUACCAAGUGGGGAGGAUAAAAAAAAAGGAUAUUUAAAAUCUAAUUCCGCAGUGACGUUGACGUCCAGACAUUCUCGAGCCUGUAUCCGAAAUGGACGUUUCAAUCACCUGGAUUAGAUUUAUUUAGUUGAACUAUAGUUAAAAAAUAUCUUACGUAAUUAUACGCAAUCGCAAGGUAGAUCUCCGUCAAGGAUAAUUUCACUCGUCUAGAGCUGUACGGAACCGCGUUCUCCCUUUUCUCUCUUAUUAUUUUCUCUUUCCUCGAUUCGCUUCCUAAUCUUACUGCCAUACAUAGAUUUAUAAUACGCAAGUCCGCUAAUGAGGUUUUUUUAGCGUUAGCUCGAAUUAAAUUGUAACGACUACCGACAUUAAUUAUUCGUUCGCACUAAUUAAAACGGACGCGCUACAAGUAUUAUAUAUACAAACGUCGUGAGUUCUUUUUUUUUUGGCAAAAGGUAGCCGCCCAAUUAUUAUAUUAGGCGCUACGAUUGGCAGAAUAUAGUAAACGAUGACAAUGCGAGAUAAUGAUUUCAGACAUCAGCUGAAACUAGUCUUCCCGUUAUAACGCGCUCGAAACUUUCUCCAAUUACCAUUUGCCUAUUAUUAUUACACAGUGCACCGACGUAUGGGCAAUUAACGAAAAUUAUUUUUAUACAUUUUCUUGCGAGCACUGCGAAUAAGCCUUCUUUACGAGAUAUUCUCGUUACUCUUAUUUUCUUUUUUCUUUUUCUAAUUCACAUCUCAGCUCGCAACGAUCAUUGUAUUCUUUUUUUCGUAUUUGGCAUUGAUAUUUUUCUUUCGAUGUACCGUCACUUAAACCGUUAUACAUUUGUACAAGUAUUUCUUGCCCGCUUUCAAUGACGCGUCACAUUACAAGACUCAUAAGCAAUAGUUAUUUAGCAUGAUUAUUGAAAAAAGAAAAUGAACAUGAAUUACUUACUGUACUAAUAACCUAUUCGUAAGGUAGGCAAUGUCGCUCGUUUAGGAUGGGGCAUCCGAAGUAAUUCUUUGUUGACGUUUGGCUAUUUUAUACGUAGCAAAUACAAUAGAAUUAUUAUACUUAAUUCCUAUAGCCAGAACUGACCUUACUCUUACGUUCAUUUAGGAAAAUAAUCGUACAGAAAAAUAAUGAUAACGACAUAUUUUUGAUAUAGAAGUUAUGCGCCCGUGCUGGCCAUACCAAUGAGAUCUGAAUUGAAAUUAUUUAUUAUUGAGACAAUUUAGGGCUCGUGCGAGAGCUCUAACUGCAAUUGAGAAGGGAAACGAAAAAGAGAUAAUGAAAAUAGAGAAGAAAUAACAUAUUAAGGACACACAGAAAUAAUUAACAGAGGACGGGGUAAAGCGCGUUAACGUUUUAUUUGAGAACGUUAUAAAUUAUAAUGUGGCUUUUUAUCGUUGCCCUUAGAAACAAAGUGAGAGUCUUGGAAAUGUUUUAUUUCCAUCUCUCUCACUCUCGUCUAUCGUUAAAUAAAGAACAAAGCAUUCUUUUAAUUAUUCAACUGUGAUGGAACCUCUACUACUUUCAUUCACUCUGAUUAAUCGACUGAAAUAGAAACGCACUGUAUACGCUCUUAUUGUACGUGCCAGUUUCCUUUUUCUUUUUUAUUAUUUUUUACUUGUCAAUAUUUUUCUCUAGUUAAGGAAAGAGAUAAAAAGAUCAACCUUUCGUAUUUUAUUAGCGUAUUCGCAGAGCCACCAACCCCUAGUUAUGUAAAUCUUUCGUGUUGGUAUGUUCGUUAUAAUUGCGCAACGCCAUUUUACUAUUAAUCUACGUCGCGAGCCAUAAAGCAGACAUACGAGUGUUUGCUUUUGUUUCUCUCUGUUAUUUUUUCUUUUUAAUGUAAAAACAAAUUUAUCGACCUCCAGCGUCUCUUUACAUUUAAAUGUCACGCUGGACAUGCGGUGUAACGAUUCUCAGAGGAUGAAGAUGGUCGUCCUAUGGCGCGAAAUUUAAAUUAUCAGGAUCGCGGGGAGAGGAGGGUUAUAGUCAUUUAAUUAAUUAAACUCUUUGAAUUUUGUACGAGAUUAAAAGUUGGAUGGUAACAAGAACAAAAAAUGUCCGGUUUUAAACCGGCCGGAAAUAAAAUGUUGCGAACGUGUGCAUUUACCUUUACAGUUGACAUCGCCCAACUAACAUUAUUACGAGUAAUGAUAAGCCUUUCUUAGAAAGCUGGGAUAUGUAUUUCAUAGGAGUGACUUAGUGGAGAUACGAUUUUUAUUUUUUCACUAAUAAAACCUGGCUUUGUAUCUUA